UGUAGCUGAUGUUCAGUAGUAGUCUGACGUUGAAAGGUUGACAAACUAGUUGGGAGCUCUGCACGACAUCAAAUAUUAUUCUCUUUAUUUGCCAUCCGACCAUUCGACAUGAAGCUUCAUAUUCCAAUACUGUUAGGCGUGAUUGUGACAUUGAGAUCGGAAGUGCUUAGUGUGAAACUUAAAGAAAAGUUUAAAUGGCGUGAUGUAUCAUUUGAGUGGCCGUCGGAAGCAACGAAACAGAAUGCUCUGCAUACCGGACAAUAUGUAGUCAAAAAUAAUCUACCGCUUGGAUUAGAACGCUGGAGAGAUAAAUUGUUCAUCACCGUACCAAGAUGGAAAACUGGGGUGGCGGCCUCUUUAACUUACGUCAACGUUUCUGACGACAUGACACCCAAACUACGUCCUUAUCCUAGCUGGAACGAGAACAUAUUGCCAACUGAACCCGUAAACGGACAAAACGAUUCUAACUAUUUAAAAAGCAAUUCUACCAUCAUUUCUACCUUCCGAGUGCGAGCCGAUGAGUGUGACCGUUUAUGGGUAAUGGAUACGGGAUUGGCAGAUAUUCUGGGAGACGCUGUGCAAUUCGCUCCACCAUCUUUGCUGCUGUUUGACCUAUACACUGAUAAACUUAUUCGGCGACACUUUUUCAACAGUUCAUUACUGAAAGAAGACUCCUUUUUCGCGAAUGUGAUUGUUGAUACCGAACGAGGAGAUUGUGACAAUGCUUUUGCGUACGUUCCAGACUUAGGAAGCUAUGCCGUAAUCGUUUACUCUUUUAACGAAGAUCGAUCCUGGCGUGUGAAGCACAAUUUCUUUCACUUUGACCCACUGGCUGGUGAUUACAACAUAGGGGGCGUAAAUUUCCAAUGGACAGAUGGUGUAUUCGGAAUGGCUGUUGGAAAGCGAACGAGCGAUGGUUCACGGCCUGUAUACUUUCAUGCUUUUUCUAGCACCAAAGAAUUCAUGGUUCCCAAUGUUAUAUUGAAAAAUGAAUCAUAUGCCCAAAACCCGCAAUCCUACUACGAUUUUAAGUUGCUUGGUGACCGCGGACCGAAUUCCCAAUCAUCUGCUGAAUUCUAUGACACAGAAACUGGGGUUAUUUUCUAUACACAAGUAAACAAGGACGGAAUAGGCUGCUGGAAUACGGCCAUGCCACUAAACGCGGACACUCAAGGCUUAGUCGACUCUGAUAGCGAUGCUUUGGUUUUUCCAAAUGAUUUAAAAGUUGAUAGCGACGGUCAGCUAUGGGUACUGUCCGACCGUUUGCCAAUGUUUAUUUUUACCAGCUUAGAUGAAGAGCAGUAUAACUACCGAAUUUUGGUAGGAGAAACUAAGGAAAUGAUUAAAGGCACUCCAUGUGACAACUAGGUAGGAUGUAAAGGCACAUCAAAUGUGCAUAAUGUAUUAUGUCAACAAAUUACUGUUGGUAUACUGAUUUUUAUUCAAAUGAUGAUUGAGAAUUAUAUUGAGAGUUAAAUAGC